UGUCAAUGGCCCUGUAGUCUUCUGGAACCUGUCAUGUGUCCCAGAAGACUACGGGGAGGGAGUGGGGAGGACAAAUUCUGCUUCCGAUCACCUUAAGCACGGGGUGUCAAACAGAUGGCUCUCCAGCUGUUGCGAAACUACAAGUCUCAUCCUGCCUCUACCUUUGUGAGUCAUGCUUGUAACUGUCAAUCUUGCAAUGCCUCAUGGGACUUGUAGUUUGGCAACAGCUGGAGGGCCACCAGUUUGUCACCUGUGCCUUAGGCGAUCGCACCGGAAGUGGGGCCCUCCAGCUGUUGCGAAACUACAAGUCCCAUCAUGCCUCUGCCUUUGGGAGUCAUGCUUGUAACUGUCAGGCUUUGAAUGCCUCAUGGGAUUUGUAGUUUGGCAAUAUCUGCAGGGCCGCCAGUUUAACAGCCCUGCCCUAG